AUGCAACUCUCCAACUUCACAUUCACUCUAGGCAUACUGUCAGAUUGGAUGAAUACCGCACAGUCACGACUUGAGUCUAUUCAGCACAGUUUAGCUGCUUCUACUUCUUCCAACCAAAACACCACCGCCAUGGCUUUCUCUCUUCCUCAGCUCGGCUACAGCUAUGAUGCUCUCGAGCCAUACUUUGACAAGGAGACGAUGGAGAUCCAUCACUCCAAACAUCACCAGACCUAUGUCAACAACCUCAACAACCUCUUGAAGGACCACGAGCUGUCGUCGUUGUCUGUGGAUGACAUUGUCACCAAACUAGACCAAGUCCCAGCUGAGAAGAAGACUGGCGUUCGCAACAACUCCGGAGGACACUCCAACCACUCUUUCUWCUGGAAGAACUUGAAGACCGGCACCAAGCUGGACGGCGAAUUGGAAGAAGCCAUUAAGAAGGACUUUGGCUCGAUUGAUGAAUUCAAGGCUGCUUUCGAGAAGGCUGCCACCACUGUCUUUGGUUCCGGUUGGGCUUGGCUUGUUGACCAGUCUGGCACUCUCAAGAUCGUCACUACUGCCAACCAGGACAGCCCGUUGAUGGGUGAGAGCGUUGCGGGCGCCAAGGGAUUCCCGAUCAUUGCCCUUGAUGUGUGGGAGCAUGCAUACUACCUCAAGUACCAGAACAAGCGCCCMGAUUACAUCAAGGCAUUCUGGUCGGUCGUCAACUGGGACUUUGCGAAGCAGCGCUUCGCAGAGAGAUCAGGAAAAUAG